AUGAAUCGAGGUGGUAAACUUGCUCCUGAAGUUAAUCGAGCUUUGUUCGUCAAGAAUCUAAGCUACAACGUAACGCCAGAAGAACUUUUUGAUCUGUUUGGCAAAUUCGGUGCGAUCCGACAAAUUCGUCAAGGCAUUGCUACCAACACGAAAGGUACGGCAUUUGUUGUCUACGAAGACGUAACGGAUUCCAAGACUGCUUGCGAUAAAUUGAAUGGGUUCAAUUUCCAAAAUCGAUACCUAGUCGUUCUCUACCAUCAACCCGAGAAAAUGGAAAAGAUGCGUGCCAAUUCAAAUCAAUCGGAUUCAUACGCUGCUCGCAAAGCGACGUAUAUGGGCCCGUCAUCCAGGGUUAGAAAUGUUUCGCCAUCGAAGGAUGUUAGGAAUAAGAAAACACGACGAACACAAUCUGCACCAAUUGCAACGAAGAAAUCUCCUACUACAACUGCUAUGCAUGGAAAGGGGGGAAAUUAUCAACAUUUGGAACAUCAUCGUGGAAUCAAGGGUGCAGCGAUGGCAGGUGGAAGGCGUAAUACCUCUUUCCUCGCUCUUGUGCGGGGAUUGGUUUUCAGGCGUUAG